AUGGUAAUCUUCAAAGAACGCAAACCAACAGAAAACCUUUUCACUAGAAAAAUACCUGCCAAGUACUUCAUCUUCUCGCCUAGUUUUUUGUCUGUUCAUUAUUUUGAAUUUUAUUUGCCCAUGUCCGGUGAUAAUAACAUUGAACCUACUAGUCGGGGCUCGAACGACAAUAGCAACGGUCCAAGUAACGGAUCUUCGGUAAACAGUAAUCGGUACAGUUUAAACGCACCCAAGUACAGCAGCCAACCACCGCCAGCAUCACACACUUAUUUGCCCCCCAUGUCAGUGAAUAUCCCGCCCAUAGCGAGCAAAUCAUCGUCAAUAUACAGCCUGCUACACCAAAGUUCCCCCCGCCCGGAGACGCCAAAUCCAAUAUUACCGCCACUUAUCGGUAGUGGUCCCGGCUCCCAUAAACCAUCUCCUACCCCUACACAGCCUCCUGCACAACCCGCAACACAACGGCAACCUGCCACAUACUCAGUGUAUCCAGCGUCUAUCAGCCUGAAUAGAUCGAAUUCAUCUGCUUACCCACUUUCUUUCAAGUCAGAGGAAACCUUAAACAAUAAUCCUCCUACUGCUGCCAAACGUACCAAUACCUUCCCCUCAAUUCCAAGCAGUACGAAAAAACAGAAAACAAGCCAAGAGAAACGAAUCUCUUCCAUUUCAAGGAGAAACACGCAAGAAAUAAUUGCUAAGCAAAUUGCAGAAAAUAACAAAUCUAAAACCAUCGAGGAGUAUGCGCAGAUCGUGAAGCAUGCAGAAAUCAAAGUCCUGAGCAUGGACUCACAGAACACUUCAAAGGCAGCUUUGCAGCUGGCGGAACAAAACAGAGAAAGAGAAAGACAAGUGUUUGCGUUACUUUGGUUAAUGAAAAAUUGUAAAUCUCAGCACGAUAGUUACGUACCAAGAGGCAAAAUAUUUGCUCAAUACGCUUCAUCUUGUUCCCAAAACAACCUGAAGCCCUUAUCACAGGCGUCAUUAGGGAAGUUGAUAAGAACAGUUUUUCCUGAUUUAACGACUAGAAGGCUGGGUAUGAGAGGUCAAUCCAAAUACCACUACUGCGGAUUGAAACUAACUGUCAACGAAAGCGGCUCCGUGUCCCUUAAUAACAACAAUGCUUCGUUAUCCUUAGUACACAAUAACGAUCCCAUAUCGCCCCUAUCGUCUCCAUCGCCCUCUUCACCUUCGCCGCAGGUACCUAACGUUUCAUCGCCGUUCUCAUUAAAUAGAAAAAGUCUUUCUCGAACUGGGUCGCCCGUUAAACAGAGUAGUAAUGACAACCCUAACGAACCAGAACUCGAAUCACAGCAUCCAAACGAAACAGAAGCAAAUAAACUAGAUUCGCUGCCACCAGCGGCAAAUAACCCUACCGGAACACUGUCUUCAGAUGAAUUAACUUUCACUCAUGAUUUAAUUGAAAAAGUUUUCAAUUGUAAUGACAAGCUAUCAGAUAACUAUAAUACCCAAAUAUUAUCGAACACAGAACAUCCGCUUUUGACAUCAUAUAAGUUAGACUUCCCAAAAAUUCCCGCAGGUGUACUCCCCACAGACACUGAUUCGGAUGUUAUAUCAUCCUUGGAGUCAUUAUAUCAUAUCCAUUGCAACUCCGUUUAUGAAUGCAUCAAGUUUCUGAAGAGUGAUAAUAUAUCAAAUGCAUUAUUCUUCUCUAACUCUAACUCUAUAUCGCCCACGAUGUUUAAUCUAUUCAUUUCUGAGCCAUUGAUUGAUUGGGUAACUAAAUGUGACUUAAUCACCUAUACAGGGUUAAUCAAAUUUUUUUCACAAUUUAUAAUUCAUUCUAAUGAGAUCAGUGACUCAAUCAUUCAAAAACUGGAAAGUAUGAUCAAGCUAUUGCCCGAACAAAUUAAUAAGGCUGUUUUAGAAUUACCAAAAGCGCUAGUGCAAAGGAAGUUAUCAAUUAUUAAUAAUUUUACCAAACUAGUGAAAAAACUAAUAAAGUUAUUAAAAUUCAUUCUAAACUUCUUGAAAAGUUUUCCUAUAUUUAAAAGUGGCAUGAAUAAUGACUGGAAGAAUAUUGUAAAUUUAGACGAUAUUUUGGAAAUGAUGAUUAAUGAAGACGAUACAAAUUCAGAGACAAACACAAUAAUGCAACAUUUACAAGGGUUCUGUCAAGUUUUCGUAACAAAGUUCUUAAAUUCCUCUAUGAGCGUUAGCAAUGAUCCCUCUGUGUCUAUCGAAUGCAAGUCCUUAAAUGAAAUGAUUAAAGAUUUUUGUUCCUUUAUUUCCCUACAAAGCAAAUUUUCGUGCUUGAAAUUAAUUGAUUGCAGCACAAGAUUCAGGAAUGCAAUAAUCGGCGAUAUUAGCUUAAAAUCAAAUGAGAAUUUGCUAUCAUGGUUGUUUCUAAAUAAUGUCAUGGGCCAAUUGCUGAACUACUGUUUUGAAGUCAUGAAAUUCGUCAAUGGCCUAAAAGUUUAA